AUGACCCCUCUUGGUACUCCAAGGGUUAAUUAUUCACAUAUUCGAAGAUCUUCAUUUGUUAUCAUACUUAAAUUUGUUAUACCUUCAAAUGAUGGUCUUGAUCUUUUAUUAUUAAAACAAUUAAGUGAUGCUGAACAUGAUGGCGAUCCAACUGAAGCUAAUUGUUUAGAUCGAUUCUUUAAUCGAUCAAAUGUUGAUCCAUCAUUAUUAUUAGAUUUAAUUAAAAGUAAUUUAGGACAUAUAGAAGGUGCAGCUGGUAUUGCAUCACUUAUUAAAGUUGCUAUGUGUAUGUAUCAUCGUGGUAAUACAGCAAAUAUGCAAUUUACUUCACUUAAUCCAAAAAUAGAAGCACAAAAAUAUAAUCUACAUAUUGUUCAAAAUUUGCUACCAUUUUUGUUUCUUCCAAAUAAUGACAAAAUAGCUAUAGGUGUUAAUUCAUUCGAAACGGUUGGUUCAACGACACACUCUAUUAUUGAAGAAUAUCAACUAAUAAAUAAAACAUCAAUUCAAAAUGGUCAUAUCGAUGAUGGAAAUCAUAUUAAAAGCAAACAAUAUUUUAUUUUUAUUUUUUCAAGUCCACCAUGGUGGUCUAUGGGUAGACAAUUAUAUGAAAGUGAGCCUUUAUUUAAUAAAUGGAUUCAUUUAAUUGAUGUAGAAAUGAUAAAAAUUAAUAAUUGUGAACGAAGAUUAUUAAAAGAAUUAAUUGAAAAGAGAACUGAACGAGAAUCUCGUAUUAAUGUUACAAAUAUUGUUCAAUCAAAUAUUUAUCCAUCAUCAAUUAUAUCACAUAAUGCUGAUGAUCAAGCAGCUGCUUUUGUUGCUGGUUGUUUAAGUUUAAAAGAAACUGUUCAUAUUGAACACUUGGCUUGUAUGACUGUUGGUUAUAGUCUUCGUCUAGUAACAAUAAGUGGUGAUGAAAAAACAAUUGAUGAAAUACAACAAAUACUUUCAAUCUCUUAUCCAAAUGUAUUUAAAGCACGUCUUCGUAUUGAAAAUGCAUUUCAUUUUCACAUUAAAAGAUAUUCGAAGAUUUCUAAUACAAGUAUUAUUGGCGAACAAAUGAAUGAUAAUAUACCAGUUGAUUGUCAAUAUUGGUGGUCCAAUGUGAAACAAGCUGUGAGAUUUUAUGAUGCUAUAGCAGCAACUAUAAAAGAUGAAGCAGCAAAUGUUUUUCUUGAAAUUUCACCACAUCCAGUUUUAGCUACAUCUAUUCGUGAAUGUUAUGAAUUAACAAAUCAACAACAAUCAUCACCACCACUUAUUCUCCUAACAUUAAAACGAAAAGAAAAUGAACAAAUAACAUUACUUACUAGUCUAGCACAACUUGCAACAUCAUCUCAAGUAUGGCAACAAUAUUUUCAUACUCGUCAAAUUUUACCUAUGAAAAAUCAUGAAGAAUAUUUUGAUGAUUUUCCAUUAUAUAAAUUUCAUUUGAGUCCAUGUUGGUAUGUGUCAAAAGAUUCAUCUAUACAACGUUUAGCUAAUCGUAUAUCUACUCAUCCAUUACUGGGUAUUUGCCAAUUAAAUGAACAAACAAGUGCAACAUGGAAAAGUCUCAUUAAUAUUAAUUUACCACAACAUGCUUUCUCAAAAGACCAUAAAAUUCAAGAUGCAAUUCUUUUUCCAGCUGUUGCUUAUCUUGAACUUGCAACAGCUGCUUGUCACCAAUUACUUUCAUGA